UCGAUUAGUAUUUUAUCAAAAAAAAAACGUAAAUAAAGAUUCCUCUGCUUCUUGUACAUUCGUUCAAUCCACGGCAAAUAUCUCGAAAUGGGUCUUUACGCAAUAAGGGCAUGUUUGGCAGGCAAAUACAUGCAAAGGAGCUUGUGCACAACAAGCAAUUCACUCUCAAGUGCAACCAAAACUGCCCCAAAAGUUACACCUCUAUCGAAAAUACUAAUAGCAAAUAGAGGAGAAAUUGCUUGCCGGGUGAUUAGAUCAGCAAAACGGCUAGGAAUCCAAACUGUGGCUGUGUACAGUGAUGCAGAUCGCAAUGCAAUGCACGUGGAUAUGGCUGACUCUGCUGUACGACUUGGUCCAGCAGCUUCUGUUGAAAGUUACCUUCGGCAAGACAGAGUUCUUGAAGCUGCAUUCAAAACAGGGGCCCAGGCGAUACAUCCUGGGUAUGGGUUCCUGUCAGAGAAUGUGGAGUUUGCUGAGCUGUGUUCUAAGGAAGGCAUAAUAUUUAUUGGACCUCCUGCAUCCGCCAUCAGGGAUAUGGGAAUCAAAAGCACUUCAAAGCACAUUAUGUCUGCUGCAGGUGUUCCUGUAAUCCAUGGGUACCAUGGAGAGGAUCAGAGUUUUGAAAGAUUGAAACAAGAAGCAGAAAAAAUAGGCUUUCCUCUCAUGAUCAAGGCUGUUCGAGGUGGAGGCGGUAAAGGAAUGAGAAUUGCAUAUACGCCUGGUGAAUUCGACAGUCAGCUCGAAUCUGCUAAACGGGAAGCCCAAAAAUCUUUUGGAGACCAGGUAAUGCUUUUGGAGCGUUACGUUGAAAGGCCUCGACACGUUGAAGUGCAAGUUUUCGGCGAUAAAUACGACAACUACGUCUACCUAUUUGAAAGGGAUUGCAGUGUACAGCGACGUCAUCAGAAAAUCAUCGAAGAAGCACCCGGACCGGGAAUCUCAAGUGAAACGCGCAAGCAACUGGGAGAGGCAGCCGUUCGAGCCGCCCAAGCCGUUGGAUACGUCGGAGCAGGAACAGUCGAAUUUAUCAUGGACCCACAGCAGAACUUUUUUUUUAUGGAAAUGAAUACGCGGUUACAAGUAGAACAUCCUGUUAGUGAAAUGAUCACAGGGACGGAUCUUGUUGAAUGGCAACUAAGAGUAGCUGCCGGUGAACCUCUACCUCUGGACCAAUCGCAAAUCCAUCUCAACGGUCAUGCGUUUGAAGCGCGAAUUUACGCCGAAGAACCAAAAAACAAUUUCCUUCCAGGAGCCGGACCCUUGCUGCAUCUCAUUACCCCAAAGCCCAGCUCGGAUGUUCGCGUUGAAACCGGUGUUGCACAAGGUGAUGUCGUUUCGGUUUUUUACGACCCAAUGAUCGCAAAAUUGGUUGUCUGGAGUUCUGAUCGUGCGAGUGCCUUACGGAAGCUGCGCUCCUGCUUGUCGGAAUACAACAUUGUGGGCUUGAAUACCAACGUCGAUUUUCUAAUGGAACUAUCCUCUCAUCCAAAAUUCAUCGAGGGAGAUGUUCACACAGAUUUCAUUUCGCAGCAUUACAACGAUCUGUUUCCCGUGAAACCCAUCACAGAUAAUUUGGUGAGCCAAGCAGUAUUGGCUUGCAUUCUUAACGAGUUGAAAGUCAGCUCUAGUCAACAAGGUUCGACAAGAGAUCCAUAUAGUCCUUUCGCCUCAUAUCCAAUGGCAAGGCUAAACCACAGCUGUCAUAGGAGCAUGAAAAUGACAUGCCAAGGCGUAACUUAUGACGUCGUCGUUACUUGUUGCGAAAAUGGGAGCUACAAAUUAAAAGUGGGAGAAUCGGCGGAAAUUGCAGCCUCCGCUAGGCUUUCGGAAUCGGAUAAUGUCACCAGUAUUGAGUUGAAUGCAAAUGGUGAGAUCACUAAAUCUCGUGUCGUUUUCUUGGAUGGAAACGUGCACCUAUUCACAAAGGAUGGUAGCGUGGCAUUUGCUACUGAAAAGCCUGCCUUUUUGAAAAGCCUUGGACAAGGCACCAUCCAGCAAGGAGGUGCUGUUGCGCCUAUGCCCGGAAUCAUUGAAAAGAUUUUGGUUAAAGAUGGAGAAGAAGUUCAGCUCGGACAACCGUUGUUGGUCAUGAUCGCCAUGAAAAUGGAGUACGUUAUCCGCGCCCCGUCGGCUGGUGUGAUUGAGAAGGUCAACUACAAGGUUGGCGAUUCCGUGGCCAAGAACGCGGCGCUGGUACGAUUCGUCUCAACUGACAGGAAAUAGUUUAUUAUCUACUUGUCCUUGCCUCUCUCAUUGUCAAGUAUUGCCAAGUCGUCGUGUAUAUCAAACAGAAAGCUCUAUAAAUAGUACAAAUAA